AUGAGGCGACACCGUGGCUGGCUGCCAAGACCGAGGAGGGAACAGAGGGGGAUGUUCAGAGAUGGCAGCUGUACUCGCUGGGAGUGGGAUGAGUUCCUGGAGAGAGAGAGAGGGGAGAGCGAGAGAGAGGUGUCCGGUUUCCACAUCCACCCCGUCCUCCUCCGUGUCCCUAUCCAGCCAAUUAGAGCACAACCCUGCCCGUCCUCCUCCUAAACAGCCAAUUGGAGGGACUGUCUGAGUUGACGGGCGCAGCCCCUCGCCCUUGAAAGGGGGAGCUACAUUGUAAAAGCUGCUGUAAUGAUGUAAUGGAACUCCAGACCACUGUGUUAAUUGGUCUUUUCACCGUCAUCACUCUACUUUGCAUUUGUUUCAUGUCAGUUACCAGAAAUACACAGAGGACAAGAGCCACAAUUGAAUGAGAAUUGCGACCAUAAAUGUUUAUUGGAAUUUGUUCUGUAAAAUAUGAGAAAGCGAUAGUUGUUUACUGAUCAUAUUUAAGACCAAAGUUAGAGACAGAGAUCAGAGACAAAGCAAAAGAGUGCUCUUCAGUCUGACAUGGAAAGGGGUAGGCUGGCAGUCAUCGUGCUCCCAAGGUCAUAGUGAUCCCAGCCUGAAUAGCAGUGGAAUUAUUCCUCUUUAUGCAAGCUGACAUUACAUUUUACAUUUUAGUAAUUUAGCAGACGCUCUUAUCCAGAGCGACGUACAGUUAGUGAGUGCAUACAUUUUUCAUACUGGCCCCCCUGUGGGAAUCGAACGCACAACCCUGGUGUUGCAAGCGCCAUGCUCUACCAACUGAGCUACAGGAGGACAUAAAAAGCAUUCCACACUGCGUGACCUGAGCAGGCUCCCAAAGGGGGCUGUGCCACUGGACACACACACAUGGACAGACAGACAGACAGACAGACAGAUAGACACAAACACACACAGGUCUUCUGCUCAUCACAUCGACAGCUCAACACUCACAGCCUCCCUCCACAGCAGUGGGAAGGAAAUCAAUGGCCGACACGUAGACAAAGAAAAUCAAACCUGCAAAUCUGAGAGCAUUCAUUCUCUUCACUCGCUUCCCUGAUUACAUCUAAUGAGUCAUUCUGAUUGGGUACAGGAUGGUAUUUGCACCCGAAACAGAUUUCCGAUGACAAGAUUGUAUUUACCGUGACACACACACACAAACACAAACACACACAGAUAGACAGCACUGGGUUGGGCAGUCUGUCUGCAUUGACAAUUGCUCUAUUAAUAUCUCAAUGGAUGUGGAAUGACAUCUUUUCUGCAGGGUCAUUUUCCGUCUUGUCAUUGUGUUCUGUUCAGUAGAUAUGGGGAUAGAGUUAGUAGUUUGGGGUGUUUUGACCAUAAAGCACAUACAGUUGAAGUCGGAAGUUUACCUACACCUUAACCAAAUAAAUUUAAACUCUGUUUUUCACAAUUCCUGACAUUUAAUCCUAGUAAAAAUGCCCUGUCUUAGGUCAGUUAGGAUCACCACUUUAUUUUAAGAAUGUGAAAUGUCAGAAUAAUAGUAGAGAGAAUGAUUUAUUUCAGCUUUUAGUUCUUUCAUCACAUUCCCAGUGGGUCAGAAGUUUACAUACACUCAAUUAGUAUUUGGUAGCAUUGCCUUUAAAUUGUUUAACUUGGGUUAAGCGUUUCGGGUAGCCUUCCACAAGCUUCCCACAAUACGUUGGGUGAAUUUUGGCCCAUUCCUCCUGAGAGAGCUGGUGUAACUGAAUCAGGUUUGUAGGCCUCCUUGCUCGCACACGCUUUUUCAGUUCUGCCCACACAUUUUCUAUAGGAUUGAGGUCAGGGCUUUGUGAUGGCCACUCUAAUACCUUGACUUUGUUGUCCUUAAGCCAUUUUGCCACAACUUUGGAAGUAUGCUUGGGGUCAUGGUUGGGUCCCGUGUAGCUCAGUUGGUAGAGCAUGGCGCUUGCAACGCCAGGGUUGUGGGUUUGUUUCCCACGGGGGGCCAGUAUGAGAAAAAAUAUGUAUGCACUCACUAACUGUAAGUCGCUCUGGAUAAGAGCAUCUGCUAAAAUGUAAAUGUAAUUGUCCAUUUGGAAGACCCAUUUGUGACCAAGCUUUAACUUCUUGACUGAUGUCUUGAGAUGUUGUUCAAUAUAUCCACAUAAUUUUCCUUCCUCAUGAUGCCAUCUAUUUUGUGAAGUACACCGGUCCCUCCUGCAGCAAAGCACACCCACAGCAUGUUGCUGCCACCCCCGUGCUUCACGGUUGGGAUGGUGUUCUUCGGCUUGCAAGCAACCCCCUUUUUCCUCCAAACAUUAUGGUCAUUAUGGCCAAACAGUUAUAUUUUUGUUUCAUCAGACCAGAGGACAUUUCUCCAAAAGUAUGAUCUUUGUCCCCAUGUGCAGUUGCAAACCGUAGUCUGGCUUUUUUAUGGCGGUUUUGGAGCAGUGGCUUCUUCCUUGCUGAGCGGCCUUUCAGGUUAUGUCGAUAUAGACCUCGUUUUACUGUGGAUAUAGAUACUUUUGUAGCUGUUUCCUCCAGCAUCUUCACAAGGUCCUUUGCUGUUGUUCUGGGAUUGAUUUGCACUUUUCGCACCAAAGUACGUUCAUCUCUAGGAGACAGAACGCGUCUCCUUCCUGUGCGGUAUGACGGCUGCGUAGUCCCAUGGUGUUUAUACUUGCGUACUAUUAUUUGUACAGAUGAACGUGGUACCUUCAGGCAUUUGGAAAUUGCUCCCAAGGAUGAACCAGACUUGUGGAGGUCUACAAUUUUUUUUUUUUUUUUUUUUUUUUUCAUGAUGUCAAGCAAAGAGGCACUGAGUUUGAAGGUAGGCCUUGAAAUACAUCCACAGGUACACCUCCAGUUGACUCACAUGAUGUCAAUUAGCCCAUCAGAACAAGGCAAGAUGAUUGAAUCUUCUGCCCUUUGAAUCAUCUGCAUCAUCAUUUUAGAUGUUAUUUUCUGACAUGCUUUUCCCAGUAUAGACUGAAUCACAUGUGAACAUGCAUUCACUGCUCCAAACAUCUGACGAGGACCAAAUCUAAUGGAAAUGGCAUCUGCAUUUAGCAUAAAUCAGUCUAACUAAAGAGGAAAAAUAUUUUGAACAAAGACAUGAGGGAUCUGUUGAAAGGGGUUAAGAGUUAACUGUUGCAUGGCUAGGCAUGUUAGCAUGGUCAUGGAUUAACUGGCGCUGAAGUCAUGGGUUUUACCCUCCCGUCAAAUUCUAUAAUACAUAGCACUCCAAACUGUAGGCUCACUGCAGGUGCCGAUAGGGACAGAUAGGAAGGAAUAAUGCAAAACCAAGAACCAGAUGAAAAGGGUUUAUCGUCUGGAUUUGACUGAAAUCGACCUUAUUGAUGUUUGCUGCCAGAAACUGAGCAAGUGUAAACUGUAAAAACAUAUAAACACACACAAAAACACGCAUACACACACAUACACACACAUACACACACAUACACUACCAUUCAAACGUUUGGGGUCACUUAGAAAUGUCCUUGUUUUUUAAAUAAAAACAAUAUUUUUGUCCAUUAAAAUAACAUCAAAUUGAUCAGAAAUACAGUGUAGACAUUGUUAAUGUUGUAAAUGGCUAUUGUAGCUGGAAACGACUGUUUGUUAUUGCAAUAUUUACAUAGGUGUACAGAGUCCCAUUAUCAGCAACCAUCAGUCCUGUGUUCCAAUGACACGUUGUGUUUACUAAUCCAAGUUUAUCAUUUUAAAAGGCUAAUUGAUCAUUAGAAAACCCUUUUGCAAUUAUGUUAUCACAGCUUAAAACUGUUGUGCUGAUUUUAAAGAAGCAAUAAAACUGUCCUUCUUGAGACUAGUUGAGUAUCUGGAUCAUCAGCAAUUGUGGGUUCGAUUACAGGCUCAAAAUGGCCAGAAACAAAUAACUUUCUUCUGAAACUCGUCAGUCUAUUCUUGUUCUGAGAAAUGAAGGCUAUUCCAUGCAAGAAAUUGCCAAGAAACUGAAGAUCUCGUACAACGCUGUGUACUACUCCCUUCACAGAACAGCGCAAACUGGCUCUAACCAGAAUAGUGUCUAGUUUGAGAAAAGAUGCCUCACAGGUCCUCAACUGGCAGCUUCAUUAAAUAGUACCCGCAAAACACCAGUCUCAACGUCAACAGUGAAGAGGCGACUCCGGGAUGCUGACCUUCUAGGCAGAAAAAGCCAUAUCUCAGACUGGCCAAUAAAAAGAAAAGAUAAGAUGGGCAAAAGAACACAGACACUGGACAGAGUGGCUGGUGGGGGCGCAAAAGGGCUGGGUUUUGAUUAAUAAACAAGUUGUAGGUGUGUCAAGGCUUGACCCCUCACUGGCCAAUCAGAAUAUGCUCCAUUGCUACAUUUGUGGUUGCUUCAAGUUGUUUAUUUACGUCAUUGUAUGUAUUGCGUUGUCAUCAACUCCAAUUUGAAUGUUAGUCUGUUAUAGCCUAGUUUGUUAAAUAGCCUACAGAAACAAAAUAAUGGGCCUAGCCCAUCUUUGCUAAAUAUGUUGAACAUGUUUGCAGUCAACAUUGUAAGAAGCCUAAUUGCAUGGCUUCAAUAUGGAAAUAUAUUGUUAAACAUAGCAUUCACAUUGAUAUAGGGGCUAGGCCUACUGUAAAUUGCGUUAUGUCUGCCAUGUCUGAGCCAUGGACAUGCGAAAUAUUGUCAAUAAACAAGAUUACAUUCACUAUUGAUAAGACUUAAAAAAGAGAAUGAAUAAUUCUAAUCAAAUUCUAAUCAAAACUAAACAACUUGUUUUAAGUAGGCUAUGUCUUAAUACAGUUACAGGCACCAUAAUUUCUCCCCGUAGGCAUAUAAUAUUAAGGUAGAUUAUGGAGGCUUUUGCACAUAUCCCAAAUAAUAACGGGAGCUGCCUAGAAUAAGGAUAAAAAGGGGAAGUCGGCUCACUGUUUUGCUGCUCCCAAACUUGAUCUUUUAAUAAAGCUUUGGUGAUUCAUAUUUAUUUCAAAGCAGUCUCACGAGCCAAACACUGUUUGACAAAUGCAUUGGGCAGGACAAAAAACACAUUGAGGGGAGGGGAGGCUAUGCUUGGUUUUUAAUCAAAACAAGCAAUCUGUUUUUUUAAACCAACAACAAUAUUUCUAAAUAGGAUCAGGUAGGAAGCAUGAUAUCAUAAAUCGCAUUUCUCGUUCAAUGGCAGUGUGCACACGUAGGCCUAAAUGUCUUUACGCAUAACAUUUGCAUGUCUAUACAAAAUCCUAUGCUCCUGUCAAUUGUAGCGUUACCUAUGUGCGAGGCACAUUCUCCCAAAAAAUUGCAGUUGAUAUGGAAUUAUUAGAGGACUGAAUAGUUUGGAGGAGCGCGUCUUUAGUAAUCGGACAAGGGGCGCUCUUUGAAAAUGAGGAUAGAUAGCCUACUUGAACAAGAGAAAUGAAGUAUGCAGGUAUGUGAGUUGUGAAUCAUGGAAAGGCAUGAAGGCAAAAACCUCCAAUAUUUCAAGGUCCUCUCAGUAGACCAUUUCAAACCCCUUUAUUCAUAGGCUACUUGGCUAAUGCAUGGCCAGUAUUUAAAUAGUAAUAUUAAGAGGAGGGUAGGCUAUGCUUCUGUUUGAAUAAAAUGAAAUGUAAUGGGUGGAAUUCAAUCGCUUUUUUUAUGUUUCUAAAUUCGAGAUUCACUGGCACAAAAGGCACAUCUCUCCUUCCAUGGGCACUAUGCGUCAUGGCUGGGUAAGUUGCGCUUCCGCUCUCAAAAUCCACUCCAUUACCAACUGCGUUACUGAUAAGACCUGCUUUUGGUGGGUCUUAAAACUUCCCAUUAGCGCUGCAUGAAAUUGUCACUUUUGGCUUGUUUUUAAGGACCCACCUAAAAUAUUGCCACCUCUCCCACCUCAGCGCAAGCAAGCUGAUGUUAGACAGUAAAUUGCAGAACCUGACGUAAGCCAGUGCACCAGCUUUUACAAUGAUGAAAUUCCAAACUAACGUGUGUUUGACACUUGCGCCUCCUUAGCGCCAGACGGAAAUAGAGCCCAUAGAAACACAAAUGCGUACUCACACUUGCUCACACAAUUUUUUUUAAAGACACAAACACACACACACACUGAAAAACACACGCUCCAGUGUCUGUGGCCGGCUACUGAGCUGUGCUACUGUGUGAGUUGUGCAGAGAGAGACAGAGAGAGGCCCUUUUGUGCCUGUGCUUGGCAGGGUUUAGCUGUGGGAGCAGGAAAGGCCCACGGCAACACUGUCACAGCAGAGGGAGGCAGAGAGGGAGUGCAAGGAGAGAGAUAGAGAAGAGAGAGAGCAGAGGGACAGAACAGUAAGAAAACUAAAGGAAGUGGUAGGAGUCUUAAUGUAUUCCAGAAUAAGGUUGCGAGAGAAAUAGAAUCAACCUUAUAACUAUUCCACCUGACUCUGUUGGUACCUUCACCUUGUGCUACAUGUGGCUCAGUGGAGGCUGCUGAGGGGAGAACGGCUCAUAAUAAUGGCCGGAACGGAGCAAAUGGAAUUGCAUCAAACACCUGGAGACCAUGUGUUUGAUGUAUUUGAUACCAUUCCACUGAUUCCGCUCCAGUCAUUACCACGAGCCCAUCCUCCCCAAUUAAGGUGCCACCAACCUCCUGUGAUGUGGCUAGCUGGGAGAUUUAGGAAGAGACAUACAGAGGUUAAUGUGAGAACAUGACUCAUGGACUACUGCCAUUGACACUGACAGCUAAAGUAGAGAGCCAAGCAGUCAUGGUCAACAGACUCUCACACGUGUAUCCCUAACCAGAACCACAUAACAGCAGUAUACAGACUGUAUCAAUCAAUCAAUCAAUUUUAUUUUAUAUAGCCCUUCGUACAUCAGCUAAUAUCUCGAAGUGCUGUACAGAAACCCAGCCUAAAACCCCAAACAGCUAGUAAUGCAGGUGUAGAAGCACGGUGGCUAGGAAAAACUCCCUAGAAAGGCCAAAACCUAGGAAGAAACCUAGAGAGGAACCAGGCUAUGAGGGGUGGCCAGUCCUCUUCUGGCUGUGCCGGGUGGAGAUUAUAACAGAACCAUGCCAAGAUGUUCAAAAAUGUUCAUAAGUGACAAGCAUGGUCAAAUAAUAAUCAGGAAUAAAUCUCAGUUGGCUUUUCAUAGCCGAUCAUUAAGAGUUGAAAACAGCAGGUCUGGGACAGGUAGGGGUUUCGUAACCGCAGGCAGAACAGUUGAAACUGGAAUAGCAGCAAGGCCAGGCGGACUGGGGACAGCAAGGUGUCAGCAUGUCCGGUAGUCCUGACUGUAACAGUGUAGGUGUAGGUUAGAGAGCCCAACUGGACUCACUGAUAUGAGUGACAACACAGCACCACUCACUGGCCCAGGCCAGCCACUACAAGCUGAAGGCAGACUAGAAACCAAUCAUACCAAUAGUCAUCCAUUGGUGUCCAUUGUCCAAGAUCGAGAAACCUCCACACCUCCCUAACGUGUUUAGGGAUAUAAUAGGAGAGGCGUGUGCAGAGGAUGACACUGUAUCGUCCUUAAACACUCCCAAAAGCACACACACACACACAUUGUAUUGAUGCUACGCUGCUGCUCAAAGAGAACUAGACAAAGGAGGCUGGUGGGAGGAGCUGUAGGAGGACGGUCUCAUUGUAGGAGUCAAACGUGGUUUCCAUGUUUGAUGUGUUUGACACCGUUCAAUUGAUUCCUUUCCAGCUAUUACAAUGAGCCCGUCCUCAUAUAGCUCCUCCCACCAGCCUCCUUUGGAACCACAGUACACUCUGUUGAUUAAAUACAGAGUCAGAGGGAUUUAUUCCUGCAUUGCCUUUUCUUCAUAGACUAUUAAUCACUGCAGACUUCACUUAUUAAAAGUAUUAAUGUUUAGAUACAGGAGCCCUUUGAGCGUUUUGUUUUUGGCUCCCGAGGCUAUUGGAGACUUGGCUCAGAGUGUUUUCUGAAAGUAAAUUUACUGUGAUUCUAUAAACGGUAAACACACACACACACACACACACACACACACACACACACACACACACACACACACACACACAGUAUGGGGCUUGAGAAUGUAGCAUGUCAGGUCAAUGCCUUUUCUCAUCUUUACUGCAUUUCCCCAAAUCAAAGUUCUGAUAAAGGGAUGUCUGAUUGCGUUAUAUUUUCUGACGUUAUUUUCGCUCUAGGCGUGGAGAUUAAUCAUCCCAGUGAUGUGAAAAAGUUUGACUGAUGAACAAAGUGUUUCUCCUCCCAUUCGUUACGCUGGAAGAUGAGCCGAUUAGGGCUGAUGUAAAUAUCAAAGAUGCUGUGGCAGAUUAGAUACCCUACUGCUGCUGAAUCUAGAUCUGGGCUGCUGCUGGAUCUUUUCAAACUUUCAACCAAUCGCUUCAGUACGCACAUAAAUGAACACAAAUGAAACAAUUGAAUCAUUUUGGGAGCUUAGUAAUUGCUGAUAGUUGGUAGGAAAGUUUGUGUAUGUGUCUUUCGGUGUCUGGCAAUGUCUGGGAGGAUCGGAUGCCAUUGGUUUCUUUGUAGAUUUGGAUUCUGUGUGUGUGUGUGUGUGUGCGUGUGUGUGUGUGUGCGUGUGUGUGUGUGUGUGCGUGCGUGUGGUGUGUGUGUGUGUGAGAGAGCUGAGUGACUGUGUACUGAUGUGAGACAAUUAUACAGUGUGACUGUGAUCCAAGUGUACUGUAUGUGUACAGACGUGAGUCGCCAUUCAACAUAUUAUGCUCUAUUUGUGACUGUUCCAGGCAGAGGGAGAGGACAGCCUGAAGAAGAUGCAGCUAAUGGAGUUGGCCAUCCUCAACGGCACCUACCGAGACGCCAACAUCAAGUCACGUAAGGAUGACAUCACCACACCCUUCUCCCUCUUCCUAGGGGGGCCAGGCGCUAACUGACACAGUAGAACAGCCCUUUGUGUGUCCGGGAGCAGUUGGGUGUAAUUCAAACUGCUCCUUUUCUCUCACAACAAGCGAGGAGUGUUGUGUGAUGCCAUGCACAGUGGCUGAAUUGAAGUGUGCUUUUGGCUUGCCACAUUCAGUAUUCACCUCAGUGUAUUUUUUUGUUGCUUUAGUUACUUUAGAUUCCCUGCUGUCCUAUUGUGUGGCAUUCAAUCGAGUCAAGUUCUUUGAAGGAGGAAGAGAGGUCUGGCUCUGACUGGGCGUCCAUUUUGUGUCGCUGAGGGAGAUGCGUGCCUCAUUCAAAUCACAUGGUGUUUGUCCUAAACAGAUCCCAGCCAGCACUGUUGUGCCAGAAUUGAACUCAGUGCUAGAGAUGAAUGGAGGCAAGCCUUGAAGACCUCUCUUACAUAAUGCUAAAUGCUGUGUAGUGGAAGCUAAGGCCAGUGUGUCGAACAGUUUGCUUAUGUAGCUGGUUCUCCUAUUCUUGACUUAUCUGAUAUGCUUUGAGUGUGUCCUAUGAUAUGUGUGAUAGAUGCUAACUUGUGUUUUGUAUCCUUUUUCUUCCACCUCUCCUCCCCUCUGGUCUCUCCACACCCCUCCUCUCUCCUCCCCUCUGGUCUCUCCACACCCCUCCCCUCUCCUCCCCUCUGGUCUCUCCACACCCCUCCUCUCUCCUCCCCUCUGGUCUCUCCACACCCCUCCCCUCUCCUCCCCUCUGGUCUCUCCACCACCCCCUCCUCUCUCCUCCCCUCUUGGUCUCUCCUACACCCCUCCUCUCUCCUCCCCUCUGGUCUCUCCACGACCCCUCCUCUCUCCUCCCCUCUGGUCUCCUCCACACCCCUCCUCUACUCCUCCCCUCAUGGUCUCUCCACACCCUCCCUCUCCUACCCCCUCGGUCGCUCCAUCACCCCCUCCUCUCUCCUCCCCUCUGGUCUCCUCCACACCCCUCCUCUCUCUCUCCUCCCCUCUGGGUCGCUCCACACCCCUCCUCUCUCCUCCCCUCUGGUUCUUCCCCAACCCUCCCCUCCUCCUCCCCUCUGGUCUCUCCACACCCCUCCUCUCUCCUCCCCUCUGGUCUCUCCACACCCCUCCUCUCUCCUCCCCUCUGGUCUCUCCACACCCCUCCUCUCUCCUCCCCUCUGGUCUCUCCACACCCCUCCCCUCUCCUCCCCUCUGGUCUCUCCACACCCCUCCCUCUCCUCCCUUUGGUCUCUCCACACCCCUCCCCUCUCCUCCCCUCUGGUCUCUCCACACCCCUCCCUUCUCCUCCUCCUCCCGUGUUUUCCGCUCACUCCAGCUGCCCUUGCCUUCUCUCUUGCAGCGAACGCCCAGGCGCCCCGCAUCAUCACCGGCCCCGCCCCCAUGCCCCAGAACGCCCUGCGCACGCCCACCCCGGCCGGCCCCACCCUAAUGCCCCUGAUCCGACAGAUCCAGACCUGCAUGCCCAACGGCUCGCCCCACCCGGGCGUCAUGACCCAGGGUCCCGAGUCGGGCCUCAUAUACGCAUCGCCCUACGAUUACCCCUACACGCUGGCCCCUGCCACCUCCAUCCUGGAGUACCCCAUCGACUCCAGCGGGGUGUUAGGUAAGCAUGCGUGCCCCUGCGAUUGCCCCGCAGCCCCCCACCAACACCACCACCCCCAUGGCCAGUGGAACCCCGCCCCCACGCUGAUCCUGCGCCACUCCUCCUAAAUAAGGCCCCGCCCCCCAUUCCCACUUUUGCGACGACCCCCCCCCCCCCCCCCCCCCUCAGAAUAACACCACACUCCUUCUCUCGCCCUUGCCCGCCCCAGCCUCCCAGGAGAUAACUCUCAAAGAGAAGGGUCAGCAACAGAAAAAAAAAACAUUUCAGCUCUUUACUGCAUCUUUCUUUUCACUAUCAUGAGACACUUCUCUCAUCUAAAAAGCUAUUUAAGAAAUGUGUGCAUAAAUGAACUGGCAGUUAAAUGCUCUACUGGCUCUGUGAAUUAUAAGAAGGAGCGGUUUCAUUUGGAAAAGGGUCCUUACCCUCCUCUCUCCCAGUCCCUGCAUACACACAUAGCCCUAUGGCUUUGGAAAAGCCACUUUAGAAAAUAUCAUAUUACAAACACAACGUGACUCCAUUAAGACAGACUGUACCCAAAGGCACAUUGUAAAUCUGAACUGUUACCAAUGCACCAAAAUGUCAACAGCAGCUUGUCCAAUUGUGUUGAGCACAUUCUAGACAGCCAGGGUGUGCCCUGUCAGCCAGUAGCUGACACCAGUAGUACCAGUAGUUCCGUCUAAUGCAGUGGACCAAGCCUCCAACUGUGUGUCUGGGUGAAGGGAGAGGUGAUUCGGGGGGGGGGGGGGGGUUACUGUGAGGGGGGGGGUCGAGGAGCGGCGGAGCCCAGUGAAGAUUUCACCCUGUCUCUCUCUCUUGUGUAACCUAUACAGCGUCCUCAAAGGCCGAAGAGCUGCCCCUCUACCUGGGGUUUCAGACCUGUCACUUUCCCAUCACUGUGCAGCGAGGAGAGCCCUCCUACCGGUCUCCCUUUUAAAGUACACCCCUUCCCUUCCUCUUUCCCUCCAUCCCCUCAAACAACACACACCCACCUCCUCAUCCCCCUCCUCCCUCCCCGCCACCACACGUUGGACUGGUUGAGGAUUGGCCCUCCCUGAGCAACCACAAGCCACAUGGGGAAGCCUCAGCCCUUCCUCUUUUAAUGUCUGUUCAAAGUGACGUGUGUGUUACUGAUCAACCCUUUUUGAUUUCCUGUCCUGAUGAUCAUGAUGAUGUAUUUGUGUAUGAUGAUGAGGGAGAACAAGCACUGAGCCCCACAUUGCUGCAGACCCCCCUUGGGGGCGCCACCCUCUCUCUGGGUGUGGCUUGGGCGCGUCCUGAGGGGUAACAUGAGGACGGUGAGGGGUCAGUGGGGGUCGA